GGACGAUCUUUUGAAAAGGAAUUAAGGAUUUUGGGAAGCAUCUCACUGAUCUUACUGCGAGGAGACUGAGCUCGCACAUAUAAAGGUAAUGAGGGAUCGCACCUGAAGAUGGAGCUUUUCUGCAUUUUAUUAUUUUCGGUCCUCCACCGGUAUGCGCAAACACAAGGAGUUUAUGCUCCUGCAAAUGCACAGAUCGUGCAUUCUGGCCAGGCAUGUGUGGUAAAAGAGGACAACAUCAGUGAAAGAAUCUACACAAUUAGAGAAGGGGACACAUUAAUCCUGCAGUGCCUGGUCAAAGGACACCCACGGCCACAGGUGCGGUGGACCAAGACAGCAGGCAGUGCCUCUGACAAGUUCCAGGAAACGUCCAUCUUCGAUGAGACUCUACAGAUCCCCAACAUCCAGAGAGUGCAGGGCGGCCGCUACUACUGCAAGGCUGAGAAUGGAGUGGGGGUGGCUGCCAUCAAGUCCAUUCGUGUAGAUGUGCAGUAUCUGGAUAAGCCCGUGCUCACAGUGCACCAGACGGUGGGUGAUGUACGAGGGAACUACUAUCUGGAGAAAACAGUGUUUUUACGCUGUACGGUGAACUCCAAUCCUCCUGCGCGCUUUAUCUGGAAACGGGGAAAUAGACAGAUAGAACAAAGCAAAGACAACGGGGUGGACAUCUACGAGCCUCUGUAUACACAGGGUGAGACAAAGGUGCUGAAACUGAAAAAUCUUCGUCCUCAGGAUUUUGCUAAUUACACCUGUCAGGUGUCCGUACGGAAUGUGUGUGAUAUUCCAGACAGCUCCGUCACCUUUCGACUCACCAACGCAACAACACCCCCUGCACUGAAGCUGUCUGUGAACGAGACGUAUGUGGUGGACCCAGGCCAAGACGUCACGCUCUCCUGCGACGUAACGGCAGGGUUCCCCACACCUACGGUGACCUGGUCGCGGUAUCCUGGGUCUCUCCCCCGGCGGUCCGUGAUACGAGGGGGGUCCCUCACUCUCUGGUCCGUCAUUCCUGAUGAUGCUGGUGUCUACAACUGCACCGCCGUCAAUAAUGUUGGAAACCCUGCAAGAAGAACCGUCAACCUCAUUGUGAGAACCAUGAAGAACUUAACAUUCCAGAUCACCCCAGACUCCAACAAAGACAGCGAGAGCAUACAGAUGGGUCGAGACCUCAAACUGUCUUGCCAUGUUGACGCCCAGCCUCAGGAUAAGGUGUACUACACCUGGUACAAGAAUGGAGCUCUCAUCUACCCCACCGACACCCUGAUUGUGCUCCGCAGUGACCCGGACAUGCCACCUGGUACCAGCAGCCUGGAAAUUGUGGACAUGAAGUUCAGAGAUCAGGCCACAUACAGCUGCGUUGCGAACUUUCCAGGGAGCAGCGUUCCUGAACUGCGCGUUGACGUCAACAUCACGCAGAGCAGCGUCGUUCCUCCUGUUCUGAGUUUGCCAGUCGGAGGGGGUGUGGUUAAUGCCAGUGAAGGUGGUACAGCAGAGCUUGUGUGUUUGGUUGAUGGUAAACCCCGCCCACCCGUUCUUUGGUCUCGUGCCAACAAGGAUCUGCCCAUGCCAUCAGGGGACUGGGUGGUUGAGACUCGUGACGGACGUUUGCGCCUGACCAAUGUGACGCGGGAUAUGAUGGGAGCGUAUCGCUGUCAAACUGCACCUUACAAUGGCCUAAACAUCAAACGCAGACAGGCGCAGGUGCAGCUCAAUGUGGAAUACCCUCCUGUUGUGGAUCCAGUCUUGAUGGACGUUCGUUCUCCAACCUUCCAGAUGGUCAAUUUGCGCUGUGUGGUUCUGAAGUCCAAUCCAAACCGGAUAGCCAGUGCCCGCUGGUACUACAAUGGCAUGCCCAUCCGAACCCCACCGGUGGACCCACAAAGUGUUCCUCAGCUCCGGUUUAAACUGGACCCAAAUAAUAAUGGCACUUACGAGUGUAGAGUGAGCAAUGGAGUUGGGACCUCAACCUGCACUUUCAAUGUUUCUGCCCAGCCGUUUAAUGCAGAGUUUUACUAUGACACACCAAAUCCCAUUCGCACCUUGAAGAACAAUUAUUCGUACAUCUUACAGUGGACACAGAGAGAGCCCAACGCUGUAGACAAAAUCAUCGGCUACUGGAUUAACGUCAAACAGAACACCCAGACGAUUUUGUCCAAGCAGAUCACCACUAAAGAACCAGUGAAAGGUGUUCUGAUGUCCUACACACUCACAGACUUACGUAUUCCCCUGUCAUAUGAGGUCAGCCUCAGUCCUGUAACCAGUUUUGGGAGGGGAGACACCGUAACACGCAUCAUACAGUACUCAGAGCCCUACACUUACCCGCGACCUUCAGAUCACGUAUGUGGGUUCGAGGAUGUGCGGAUAUGUGGAUUCACUCAAGACCGCGGCGAUGUGUUUGACUGGACCAGACAGAACCAUCUCACCCAGAACCCCAAACGCUCUGUAAACACAGGGCCUGAUAUGGACAGGAGUGGGACAAAAGAAGGCUACUACAUGUACAUUGAGACAUCAAGGCCACGUCAGGCAGGGGACCGAGCCCGUCUUCUCUCUCCGCUCUACAACGUGACAGCAGCGCGAGGACCAACAGGGUCCACCAGAGCCCCUUACUGCAUCUCCUUCUACUACCACAUGAACGGAAAACAUAUCGGAACACUAAAUGUCCUGAUGAGGGUGAAGAGUAUAGCCGUUGUGGAUUCUGCAAUCUGGACUCUGUCUGGACACCAGGGGCCGGAAUGGAGGAAGGCAGAUGCUGUGAUCUUUCCAAGUGGACCCUUCCAGGUGGUAUUUGAAGGUAUCCGUGGAAACGGCUUUGAGGGAGACAUCGCGAUUGAUGACGUUUCCGUUACCAAGGGGAAAUGCAAACAGCAGGAUAACGUAGACAAAACAGCAGUGCUCUCUGGGACAGACCGGCAUCUUAACUUUCUUCCUGUGAGCGUCCAUCUCAUCAGCACCAUCUGUCUGACACUCCUCCUCAGAUGAUACUGACACCCCGCGCACAAACGCCUGCGUAGGACACCUCCCGCGGCAGCAAUAAAAACUGCCCGACAUAUGACCACACUUCCUGCUGCUGCCUUCCUCAUGCUCGUUUCCUGUUUCCCAUGCUCAUGCGCAUGUCCUUCGACAUGACUGCCAUCAUACUUCUUAACAAUGUUCAUUUUCUUCCAUUUACACAUUUGAUAGUUGCUUUUAUUCAGAGCAACUUGCGGUGCAUUCAGAUCAGUUGGUGUGUUCCCUUGGAUUCGAAUCCAUGACCUCUGUGUCGCUAUAUCCGCAGUUGAGCUAUAGGAACACAUAUGCUUUCUUUGUUAUUGUGAGCACUGCUUCUACAUGCUAUGUGGCACCUUCAUUACAACUUUUGUGUUUUAUAUAAGCAUAACCUUAGUUAAUAUUGUGCAUUUCCAUCCAUACGUCUUGUCAUCUCUCCACCAUCCUCCAUUAAUCGUCCUGUAUCCCCCGUGUAUGUAUCUGACACACCAAAAUGUCAACUCUGUUACCAAAGAUGACGGAAGGCUUACAGGAUGGGUGGACCACUGAAAGAGACAUGAGCGACAUUUCUCAAAAUAAACUACUCUUUCCUUGGACUGAAGUGCAUGGAGAUUUGAUUUCCUUAAGACAUCGGCAGGACCUGAGCAGGAAUGGACGAAUGAAGCGAGGAUGGUCAAGGAUGGUUACGAAGUUAGCCGAUUAAUACUGAUGAUCUGAAUGAAACUGUACAUGUACAUCCACGACGUGUAUGUGAUAUAUUGGAAAGUCGAGCUGUAGAAUACAUUAAUGGACUCUGCAACUGCAACUUCUGGGACUACGACAAUGUGAAACUAAAGAAGCACAAAUUUAUACAGUAUCUUUUUGGUAGUCAUUUUGGUUCCUUUACUUGGUAUUUUCACUGUACAUUUCAUGUCCUUUGGCUUUCUUUACCAGCCAACAUAUUCCACUGCUGCAUUGCCGAUCGGUGAUUAGAGGGGUAGAAGGUGGUUUUGAAAACAAUACAGUGUGAACUUUGGACAAGAAAGGCAUCAAUUACCUCACCUUCAAUCUACAAGAUCCAUAAGCCACCUGGACAAACUGUGACAAUGAUCGCUUGAGCUUCGAUCAAACUGCCAGGAGGGUGUUGACUCACUGGGUCUGUUGUCCUCAUUCAGCAAUAGGUACCUCUGAUUACAUUACAGACACUGCAAUGAAAGUUCUCUUCAUGGGCACAUGGACUCUAUUAGUACUAAAAGAUUGACACCUCUGGGCUGCCAGACUGCACUCUUGGCGUUGAUGAUCAGGAAUGUCAUUUUGCAUAGUGUUAGAGAGAAAGUGCAAGUACAUGCAAGCUUUAUAGGGUUGCCAUUGAAAACUUCAGUCAUAUUUUGUUUUGGAAGGUUUAAGAUGGCAUCAAACAGUUUUGACAUUUAGACAGUGCACUGUUUUGGCACACGUUAACCUAAAACACACACAUUUGUCGAUACAUCUCCAUUAAUGCUGCAUUUUAUUCAACUUGGGCCACAUCCACAAUAAUCCGAUUUUGUUUGAGAACUCCAUUUUUGGUUUCUUAACGUCAUCAUUUUCUAAAGUACGUGGUAAUGGAGAGCGUUUUCAAAAGGCUACUUUUUGUGGAGGAAAAUGCUGUUUGGACGAGAGUCGUAAACGUAGCGAAAUCAUUGCAUUUUCAACAAAAACAUGUUAAUGUGGACUCAGGAAGUCUGAAUUUCCAACUUCAUAUGUGUAAAAUUGCAAUAGAAUAGUCAGGCUUCCAACUUGGAAACGUGCAUAAGAAGUGCAGGUGUAUGAUGUCAUGCGAACAUGGCGGCACCCAGGGAGAUGUACACAGUUAACGAUAAACCUUUACGCAAAAGAAAUGAACAGUGAGUCAAGGUUUCUACAUUACAUAAAACAACCUGUUUAGAGAACAUUUGCAAAGUCAAGUUUGUAAAACAUGGUAAAUUAUCCUUUUUGUUGAUAAUUGUACAUUUGUACACAAAUGCUAGCUUUGCUUUGCAAUGUUUAUCCUCUGCAACUCGAGUAACAGUUCCAGUAGCAUUUCCACUUGAGCACGGUUUGGUACGGUAUGGUAUGGUAUGGUUGAUUACAAACUAUUCCCGGCGCAGAAUUCUUUGCAUGGUUAGCUAUCCGCACUCAACCAUGCUGGUGGAACGUCUUUAGUGUGUGGCGACUCAUGUCUGGUCACUUGCUCAGUCAGUCCAUUUAAAUUCUCAUUUUCACAGCACCAUGAUGGAAAAAGAAACUAAAUGUGCCAAUGAGCCUGCAGUAUGGAACAGCAUGGUUCAGCAACGAGAACCGUUGGCUCGAUAGCGGAAAAUCGCUUUUGGUUGCUUGGAAACUUUGCUAAACUUCUUUGUUGACAAUCAAACACCUGCAAAGCUACAGCAUUUUCAUCGAGUGUCGGGCAAUGGAAUGCCUUUCUGGUCAGAGAUCAUAGAUAUCAAGUAGGAAUAUCCCACAUACGACUUUGAAUGGAACGCAGCAUUAGUUACGAAUAUCAUCAUUUUAAGAUUCAGAUGCAAUAUAUUGUUACCACAAAUUUAGCCAAAUGUAGGCUACCCUCACUGUAAUUCUUUUUAAAUAAGUAAUAUCACUUCACGGACAAUAACAUUUAAGCAUAUUGUUACAGUGCAGUAGCAAUAUGUGAUGUCUGACGUUCAAGCAAAGGGUAUGAGCAAACUUCCAGGGUUGUGAAAGUUCUAGUACUCUCUUUAGCUUCAUCACAUAUAUCAUCAGUGCAAGGGGGCACCGAAUUACAGUAGUAUACUGAUUACAUGAAGAGUGGAAGACCAUUUGUGCCUCUGUUUGAGUGUCCUUUAUCCAAUUUGCGUAAGCUUAGAUGUUAUCGUACAAUCUUCUAUAUAUAUUUCAAUUGCUUUGCUCUAGUAUUAUCCAUGCUGAUAUCAUCAAAAGUAGUUCCAUACUCAGUGGAGCUUUAAGGUAUGUCUGUUUACAAACAUAAAAUCCGCAAAAUAAUGUUUCAGCUUGUAAAAUUCGCUCAUGCUCAUAUUUAAUCAGUUCAUAUUUAUCCUACUGCGUAAUAUGGCGUGUGUCUAUCGCUGUCGAAGAGAUUAUCAUACAGUAGACUCGCUCCUCAGGUAAUUCCAUAGGUAACAGGGACAAUGCCUCGGAUGAAUUCAACCCCAGUCCAGGUUUCUCCAACAAUUAAAAACACUCACACGGCUGUAAUACUGUUUCAUGUGUAUGCUACCGUAAACGCUCUGAACUCUUGCAUAAUGCUUUCAUUACACAUCAUGUAAUCAGCUAUUAUUUAUCAUCCAUGCUAAGUUUAAUAGGAGCUGUUACAGAACACAAAAGAUUAGAUUUAAUGCAAGAAUUACAAAGGAAGUGAAUCAAUAAAUGAAUGGAGGGUUACAUUAUUUUCUGUUGCAGGAUAUUGUUAUGUACGUGAUUAUGCAUUCCAAAUGUUUCCUUUCAUUGUUUCAAGAUAUUUUGAUGUGUGUUUGGUGACAUGUCAGUAUUACCUAUUACCCCAUCUAUAUGGCUACUUUGUGUUUUUCUUUUGUUCUACAGUAUUUUCCAAACAUUUCUAAUAUUUUUUAACAUAGUCUCAUCAUUUAUUACAACUCAAUUAUUACAAAUCUGUAAUAAUUCACUGAUAAUUACAGGUUGAUGGUGAGAUGGCAAAAUCGUAAGAUAUUGUAUGGCUCAUACGAAAAGGUACAACAUUUAUUUCCAUAAAAAACAGAAUUUCAAAUCAAUUCACUACAGGCAUAAAAUUGUAUCUAGCCCCGUAUGUAACACUUUAUUUUAAGGAAACAUCAGUGAACAAAUUUGGUUACUCAUUCCAUAUUUAUUUAUGCAAUACAAUUGACUGAUGUACUGUUUGUCAAUAACCUGUAAAACGCUUUUAUGUUCCAAAUCCUGCUGUUUCCUUUCAUUGUAUGCAAAAGUUAUUUUCCUAUUAAAAUCAUGGUUAGAUUAGGGUUGGGGGUAAAUUUAGGAAAAAUCACAAAAACAUUGUUUGUUGGUUCAUUUAUUUUUCUCUACUGGAGUAGUUGUACAUUAGGUACUAGCCAACUUGUACAAUUUCUUAUGAUUUUACAACUUCAUACUAUUAUUAUGACUUGUCAUGAGACAUUUUUUAUUUAUAAUAGUACAUGUAGAUACAUUUUUCAAAAUGUUCCCAGAUUUUGACCACAAACCAUGUCUUCAGAUACUGUGCAAUAUACAUUAAUAGGUUUGUCCUGUAGUUCAAUGUCCAAAAAAGAGAUUGUUAUUGAUAGUUCAGUUCAAAGCUGAUUAAAAUGUAACGCUUGACACAAGAAGUGCACACCCACCCCUGAUGAUGAGCGAAUGAAUGUAACUGAAAUUCUUAUUCGUCAAGUCUUACUGGCAGGUCCAGAUGAAAUCCCAGACUAGUGUUUUAUGUAUUGAAAAAAUGAAAUUCUGUUGAAUUGGUUUUGAACAACUUUGAAAGUACUAUGUUUUAUGAUAGUUGAAUGAAUAAUCAAAUUAGCCAAAAUACUUAAUUAACAAACGGGGAGAGGGGAAUGUGUAGAAUUUUGGAAAUAACAGGUGUUUGAUUUGAGUUUACGAAUAUUGAUUCUGUGCGGGCAUGCUUACUGACUACGUUCAGUGAUUGGGAAUGACAACCAUAUAUACCUACAGGUUUGACUAUCAAUUUGUUCUGUAGAUACAACAUCAGUCAGAAGUGGUACAAAUAAUGUCUACAUAGACAGAUAACCAAACUCAAUUCCCUUCGCAAACUCCCGGUAGAUGUGAGGAACGCCUAUAACUAAUGAUUUAUAAUUAAAAAUGUAAUUGUAUUUAACAUUAUACCCCAAUAACCUGAGAGAGAUUGGUAGUCCUAAUAUUAGUGACAGAGACUGACAGCCAAUAACCAGUGAAACAUGCACUUAUGUCAUUCCGUAUGUCAGUGACAACUUGUUAUCGGCUGCUGUUCCGUUUAUACAUUUAUAUAGUACAUAUCAACCCAAGGCGCUAUCAAAAUUGAUUGUGACUCUUGAAAAUUUGAGUCACCUCGGAGAUAAUGCACUUGUCACUCUCAUAACUAAACUGUAUGAACAGAACAGAAUUUAGCUCUCCAAACCAGGACUGGCAACUGUAUUCUGCUGUUAUGUGAACUUAACCACUGUAGUCUACUAUUUGAAGCCAUUAUCAGGCUGUACAAAGUUGCUAUUGAGGGUUGAGCACAUUACGUUGCAAUAUAAUAUUAAAUGUGGCAUUAGUAUGCUGUAGAAUGAUCAGGGGUCACUGAGAAAUCUGAUUAUUAUUGAAUGUCAGGUUACCAAGGGGGUUUGAUCGUUAUUAUAUUGUGAUGUUUGAUGCACAUUUUGAUUUUGUCUCUUUUUUUAAGAAUCACUAGUGUUUUAAUCCACCAAAAGUGUCUAAUUGUUCAAACGUAUGCCUCCACAAGGAUGACUGGAGAAUUAACCGUAAUAACACAUGUAGCAUUAUCCUUGAAAUGUACCACAAGAAAGGGCGUUUCCUGUUCGUUCUGCUCCGGAGGAAGUCAGUAGAUUCCCAUCUGAAGCACUGGUGAAAAAAAAUCACUGAUGGUCUUACUGCCAGAUGCCCUCCUAACCUAAAAAUGUACCAUGGUAACUGUGUUACACCAUCUGUUGAGAGUAUAAAUAAGUGAAUCUCACGAAAACAUGUCCAGCUCACAUUUCAACUAAAAACUUAAAUUUUGCAUUAAUAAUAAUGAUAAUAAUAUUGAUAUCAUAAUAAUAAUAACACAAAUGUAAAAAUUGACUCUUUAUUCUAAUUUUUAUUUAUUUUUUGUAUUUUUUUUUUGUAUUUUUGUAUUUUGUAUUUUUUUUAUUUUUGCCAUUCUUAUAAUAUAGUACUAUUUUAAAGGCAACAAAACAAAUACUACAAUGAUUUACUUGUUUAUUUUUCUUUCAUUACGGUAUUGAGAAUGGGUGGAAUUUUUAAUUUCCUCUUAUUAGAUUUUGAGGUGAAAUAUGACAGAGACAUGUUUUUGACCCCUUUCGUGAUAUUCACUGAUAUAUUUAAAAGUUAUUGAAAUAACAACAGAAUUCCUUGACCAAUCCUGCAGGUCCAUCUGUGGAAGUCGCAAACACACACUCACAAAUACAACCACAUCACUGCUGAAGAAUGUCUCUCAAUGUUAAAUUGAUCAUUAGUGGGCUACACAGCUCUGAUUGGCUGUGCCGUCCUAUGCAAAGCAUUCAGACCAGAGAGAAAGACUUUCUGUUUUUAGUUUGUAUGUAUAUUUAUUUGUUUGUUUUAUACUGGUGCACAAGUGAGAGAACAGCUUGUAGUGCUGGAUGUUGUAUAUUCUCUGUCAUGUAAUGAACUAUUUUAGAGGAAAAAUAUAUUUGAAAUAUGACUCCAAGAUGUAU